AUGCAGCGGCUUGUUCGCUCCCUCUAUACAUCUAGUUCCUGGGCUGCAAGGAGCGUUAAUAUUCCCAUAAGAGAUCAGAGGAUCUCCGAUAUAGUUCCUCUGAUCAAUGUCUCUUACCCAGAGUGUGCCUCUCAAGCCGAACAUCUGAGCAUCAUCCACAAAGCCCUCAAAGACAAGGGAGUGCUUCAAUUGCAUCUCGGCUUCGCAGACGACAACAGCCACUUCCUCCAGACUCUGCUCUCAAAUCUCAACGAACACCAUAAUCACGGCCUACCCAUAACCCAUAGCGCGGAGCGAGGCUGGUUCUGGGACGUCCGUCCCACCCCGGAGAGUUUCCAAAGUCAUGGCCACCAAGCUCGAUCAGAGACGAUGCAGGAGUUUGAUUGGCAUACGGACUGCAACUACGAGGAAAGCCCGCCACGGUACUUUGCCCUGCAGGUCUUGCAGCCCGAUCGGUACGGUGGUGGUACGCUGUCGGUGUUGAAAGUGGAUCGUCUCCUGCGUCUGCUUUCCCCGUCUGCGCAGGAAGGGCUUUCAAGCCACGAUUACCGGAUUACAGUGCCCCCAGAAUUUAUCAAAGAAGUUGGACAGAAGUACAUCAGGGGCAAUUUGCUUGCGGUGUAUCCAGGCUGCAGUCAAUUGCGGUUUCGAGAUGAUAUCACGGAACCCCUGACAGACAAUGCAGCCAGGUCAUUGGAGGAGUUCAAAGACGUACUUUCUGGUAAUCGUGUAGAGGAGCAGACUCUCAACUUGACACCACAGAGUCUUCCGCGGGGCUCGAUUAUCAUGAUGGAUAAUAGAAGGUGGCUGCAUGCCAGAAAUGAAGUGAAAGAUCCUCUUCGUCAUUUGCGGCGCGUGCGAUGGGAUGCGACGCCAUUUGGUCCGGCUGGCUUGUCUUGCACAUGA